GGCGGGGAGGAAACAUCCGGGACUCGGGAGGGUUCCUUAUCUCCGGCAGGGAAAAGCGCUGUACAUCAUUAUACAGCUAUCAACAUUAAUGACGCUCUAUUGACUUUAGUUUCCUAUACACUUUCAAUUGUGUUUUAAAUUAGUUAUACCAGUAGCUACUUUCUACGGUAAUAAGCGUUCCUAUAGCUAUGUUCGUUAUCAUGACACCUGUUUGAAGAAGCAGGAGAUAUAUACGUUCUAGACGGCACCAUAUGAAUAAGUGUUUGAAGCAGUAUUAUGGAUUAGUGAAAUUCUCUUUUUCUCGAUGUAUGUUACUAUUCUUACUUCCAUGAAAACGAAUACAUAAACGACUGUAUUUCCUUAAAAUUACCCAUACAUUCUACCUUAUGAAGUAAAAACAAGUCUUUUUUUCCAAAGAUUUGUUUUCCCCCGUUACUGUAGUAUGAAGGGAGAAGUGGGAGGGGUAGGAGGGAGGAUGGGAGAGGAACACGCGUGGACCGUGAAAGACUUCGUCGUGACUCGUCCCUUGUGGUGGCCGUCAGUUUCUCGGCAGCGGUUGUUGGUGUCGCGCCAGCAGAGUGCCUCGCCUUGCAUGCCACUGUUUCUACUUGCAUUGUUUACGAGAUAAAUAAUGAAGUGAAAGUGUUGCUAUCAAGAUCAACACUGUGGUAUCGGCGGACCAAGUGUUCGUGUGCCGGUGUGCGUCGGUCUGAAAGCAAGUUACAGAACACUCUGCGUUGGUCGUGACGCUGCAGCAUCUAUAGGCUGCGGCCGGCCAUGGCGCAUCUACAGCGCUAUCUUCUGCUGCUACUUCUUCCAGCAUACACGUGUGCCAGGUUCUACAUUGGACGCUAUAAAACUGUCGCCUCCCCUUCCGGCUUCAGCCAGGCGAGGAGUCUGCCAUAUAUUGUGUAUCCCGGGGAGGCGGGCAGCGAGGCUCUGGCCUUCGACCAACACACGCACAGGCAGUGGCGCGUGGAGCGUCCGCCGAAUCGCCUUGGCCACCUAGAGCCAGCAGGGGCCUUCGGCCUCACAAACAACUAUGGCAAUGAUCCCUACGACGGCUACACUCUCGUGCACAAAGACGAGGUGAAGUACGUGGUGCCGCCCUUCACCCCGGGUGGCCGAGUUCAUGUUGCAUUCCAGUUUUGGAUUCCCAUCAGCAUUGGAGGGUUCUCUGUGACGGGCCGAGAUUUAGAGAAUGCCCUCAGGUCUUCUAACCCAACGGCCUACAUCACCUCACUCUUCAUCAAGCAUCUGUCUGCCAAUACUACAGCCGGCGAGCUGCUGGGACAGGUGGAGGCGCCAGUAGUAGAGGCAGCGAUCGGAAGAUUUUUAGACUGGGUGGUGCCUCACUUCCACCAUUUUACAGGCAAAAACACCGACACCGUAAACACUUUAGCGCCAAUGAGUGACAAGAAGAAAAAGCACAAGACGAGGAAAGAUAAGAGAAGUUUAGUCCAGAAAACAGCCAGAAAGCGGCGGGCGAUAUCCUACUUCAGCAGUCAGGAGCAGGACGAAAAGAGCAACAUAGAGAAAGACUACAAUCAUGACUAUACCACCCCCAUAGCAGACAACUCCAAUGAAAAGAAAAUCAGACGCUCUACAAGCAACUUGUCGCCUGAUGAUAGUAAUAUACAUACAAAACACAGGAUAGAGAAGAAAAGCCUCGGUGGGGCUGCCGACUUUGUUGAAGUUAAAAAAGAGAGCCAAGUGCAGGACUCAAGAAACAAUUUAGCGGCGCAUUUGGAAGACCACCGCUACAAAAGACAGGUGCGUGAUUUCUCUGACGGCUGGGUGACCAUCGGCGGAGGCAAGGAUCGCGGCACAACUAACCCCGCGGCUCCACUCAUGACUCGGCUGCCAGUGUGGCCUUCUCGUCCAGGUCGAGUGCAGAAUGACCGGCUGCUGUGGGAUGGCGACCAGCCCGUGAUAACUCAUAACAAUCUGAGUAUGGAGCAAGAAGAUAAACGCCCAAGUGUUGACUUGAUAUCACCCAUCGACCACCCUUCCUCACGCCCUAGCCCGACUUCCUCGUCCUUAGGUUGGUCUUCGUUUACCACACGUCCUCCACACCGUCCUUUACCCUCUCGUCCUUCUCAGACACCGACCUCUCAACCCACAGAUUACAGGCCUUCCUCUUCUCCCCCCUCCUCUUCUUCCUCCUCCUCAAGACCCAUCGAGCUUAAGCCCCCAUUCCUUCUAAGUUCUUUCGAUGACCUUCCGUCUCUUGCUCCACUUGACUCCAAAGCACUCGACGUGAGAAAUCGUCUAUCUCGCCUCGACUAUCUGUUCAACAGCCUGCACUUAGAGCACGAGGACUGCCGGCGGAGGGUGUUAUGUGAGGUGGCCCUGGACCGUGACACCUUCGCCCCGCUCUCCAGCAUGAUUCAUGACGAGACAAGACUCCCAGGGAAUCCAUUGGAGGUUAGUCGAGAACUUCUUAACACAGCUGAAGGUUCCAGGCUACUGUCCUACGUUGAAGCUGUCAAGGUUGGGGAGGACAGAGCCAACGCGUGUGACCUGUACCGGUACCGCUGCCGUGUGCAGGCCCGCCAGGUGAUCAACACGGACAUCCUGCCCAUCUGGAGGGAGGUGGUGCGUUGGCUCACCGUCAAGGUCCUUACACAAAACUCAUCUAAUACUGCCAUAUACUGAUAAAACCAUCGUGACAUGUGAAUUGCAGGUGAAGACAUGAAGGAAUGAAGUUUCAAGGUAUGUAACAGAAAACCUGCUUGUGUGCCCUGUUCAGAAAUUGCUGAGUGAUAAGUUAGAUGUUCUGUGUGUGUGUGUGUGUGUGUGUGUGUGUGUGUGUGUGUGUGUGUGUGUGUGUGUGUGUGUGUGUUCUGGCCACACGUGGGAUCUGUGGACAGUGGGGAAAAAUGGAGUUGCAAUUUACAGAGAGAGAGAGAGAGAGAGAGAGAGAGAGAGAGAGAGAGAGAGAGAGAGAGAGAGAGAGAGAGAGACUUAAUUGAAUGUUUAAAUGACAAUUUGGAAUAAUGCAAUGUAGUGCAAAUGAUGUAUGUGUAUGUAAUUUGCAAAAAUUCAAUAGCAUCAUAAUGUGUUCAGUAUUUUAUCAUAUCGACAACAGGCAAGUAAAAACAACAAAUUAGUAAGUUGUAAUUUAUGUGGUAUAAGUGUAAUUGUUGUGGUUGACAUGACCUGUCAUAGUAAUGCAGUUCUGCCAUAAAUCUUAAUGACUGCACAGACUAUGCUUGUGUGUGUGUGUGUGUGUGUGUGUGUGUGUGUGUGUGU